CGCAGUUAGGGCGCGCCCGGGAGCCACUUCCUCCGGGCGGACACACCUGUGGCCGCGCCUUGGGGCCAGAGCGACAGGGUCCGAGGCCUGGGGACGCCUCGGAAGCAAGGCGCGGGGCGAGGUAUGGCGCGAUCGGCCGAGAGCCCGGGGCUGCUACUGCUGCUGAUCUGCUUUACAUUUGGAAAUGGACUCCAUUUUGAGGUCUUGAACAAAGAAAACGUAUACCAGCUGCUUCCUAAACAGAGUUCCUUGAUUCGGCAAAAACGAGCCUGGAUCACAGCUCCUGUGAAUCUACGAGAAGGAGAGGAUCUGUCUAAAAAGAACCCAAUCGCUAAGAUACAUUCUGAUAUAGCAGAAGAAAGAGGAAUAAAAGUUACUUAUAAAUACACUGGCAAAGGGAUUACAGAACCACCGUUUGAUAUAUUUGUCUAUAAUGAAGAAACUGGAGAUCUAAGCAUUACCAAGAUUCUAGAUCGAGAAGAAACACCAUCGUUUCUGCUAAUUGGCUAUGCUUUGGAUGAAAGAGGAAACAACCUGGAGAAACCACUAGAACUUCGCAUUAAAGUUCUUGAUAUCAAUGACAAUGAGCCAGUAUUCACACAGAGUAUCUUCACUGGGUCUGUUGAAGAGUUGAGUGCUGCAUAUACUCUUGUGAUGAAAAUCAAUGCAACUGAUGCAGAUGAGCCCAAUACUUCAAAUUCUGAACUUUUCUUUAGAAUCCUAUCUCAACAGCCUGAUUCAGCAUUCCACAUAAAACCAAAUACAGGAGAAAUUUAUACAACCAGUCGUACCUUGGACAGAGAGGAGCACAGCAGCUAUUCUUUGACAGUGGAUGUGAGCAAUAAAAAUGUAGAAAUCACAGACAGACCUGCAAAACAAGCUCAAAUCCAGAUUAAAAUAUUGGAUGUCAAUGACAACAUACCUGUCGUGGAAAAGAGUGUGUAUGAAGGAAUCAUUAUAGAAAAUCAAGUUAAUGUAGAAGUUAUGCGCAUAAAAGUAUUUGAUGCAGAUGAAGUCGGCUCUGACAAUUGGUUGGCAAAUUUCACAUUUGCAUCAGGAAAUGAAGGGGGGUAUUUUCACAUAGAAACUGAUACUCAAACUAAUGAAGGGAUUGUGACACUUAUUAAGGAAGUGGAUUAUGAAGAAAUAAAGCAUCUUGAUUUCAGCAUUAUUGUCACUAAUAAAGCAGCUUUUCACAAAUCGGUUCAGAAUAACUUUAAGCCUACUUCCAUUCCCAUAAAAGUAAAGGUGAAAAAUGUGAAAGAAGGCAUCUAUUUUAAAAGCAAAAACAUUUCCAUUCAAGUAAGUGAGAGCAUGACUGCAUCCAACCGUGUCAUUGGAAAAUUUGAAGCUUUUGACGAAGACACUGGACAGAUAGCCCAUGUAAAAUAUUCCAAAUUGACAGAUAUAGACAACUGGGUCACUAUAGAUUCUGAAACAUCUGAAAUUAGACUUGUGAAAACUGCUGAUUUUGAAUCUAAAUAUGUCCAAAAUGGUGUAUAUACUGUAAAGAUUGUGGCUGUAUCACAAGAUGAGUCUAGAAAAUCAGUCACUGGCACCAUUCUUAUCAAUGUUGAAGACAUCAAUGACAAUUGUCCUACAUUGGUUAACCCUGUGCAGAACAUCUGUGAUUAUGAGCUAUAUGUGAAUGUAACAGCAGAGGACCUAGAUGGACCCCAAAACAGUGGGCCGUUCAGUUUCCUUAUUGUUGACAAACCACCUGGGAUGGCAGAAAAAUGGAAAAUAGCACACCAAGAAAGUACCAGUGUGCUACUUCAACAACAUGAACCAAAACCUGGGAGAAGUGAAAUUCAGUUCUUAAUUUCAGACAGAAAGGGUUUCAGUUGCCCUGAAAAGCAGGUCCUUCAGCUCACGGUUUGCAAGUGUCUGGACGGCAGUGGUUGUGUGGAAGCACGAAGUUCCUCCUAUAUUGGCCUGGGACCUGCAGCAAUUGCCCUUAUUAUUUUUGCAAUUCUACUUCUGCUCCUUGUGCCACUUUUACUACUGGUGGUCCAAUGUGGAAAAGGUACUAAAGGCUUCACCCCCAUUCCCGGCACUGUUGAGAUGCUGCACCCUUGGAAUAAUGAAGGGGCACCUCCUGAAGACAAGGUUAUGAAACCCCUUCUGGCAGCAGAUCGUAAGGAGAGUGUGGCUAUCGGUCAUGCAGUGGGAGGCAUUCCAAGCAAAAAUACCACUGUGAACGGAAGUAACUCCACUUCCUUUAUCAAAGAUCAUCAUGAAGUAGAUGAGGUGGAUGGAAGAUGGGAAGAACACAAAAGCAUUCUUACUGGUGGGGCUUUCCAACCUACUGGGACAGUAGGAACUUUCACAAGUGCUGAACAUGCCAGAAGAAUCACAGGGACCUCCACAAACAAAGCAGGUGCUCGAGCAGCAGCAGUUGCAUUGAAUGAGGAAUUUUUAAGAAGUUAUUUCUUUGAGAAAAUGGCCUCGUGCGCUGAGGAAGAUGACUUUCAUACAGCCAGAGAUUGCCUUCUGGUUUAUUCUCAGGAAGACAAGGAAUCACUGCAUGGUUCCAUUGGCUGUUGCAGUUUUAUUGAAGGAGAACUUGAUGACAUCAUUUUAGAUGAUUUAGGAUUUAAAUUCAAGAAACUUGCUGAAGUUUGUUUGGGUCAAAAAAUAGAUAUAGAUAUGGAGAUUGAGCAAAAGCUUGUGCAAAAACCUGAACCGAAGGGAGCUUCACAUUCACACUAUGAGCAAAGUCAAGUUCUCUCAGAGAACAGCUAUGCUGCCAGUGCUACCUCACAAGUUCCACAGUCUUUGCAUGAAGUAAACACAAAGCAAAUGAGUCAGGAAAUGGUCACUAAAAUAUCUUCUAGGCAGAGUCAAAAGGUAACUACACCUCUCCCUGAGCCCUUGGCCCCUAGAAACAUUAUAGUGACAGAAACUUCCUAUACCACAGACUCUACUCUGCCACCCAGCACCAUAAUCCUCCGCCCCAGCCAGCCCCAGGGUCUUGUUGUGACUGAGCGGGUUUAUGCUCCAGCUUCCACCUUAGUAGAUCAGCAUUAUGGUAAUGAUGGGAAUAUCAUGGUUACUGAGAGAGUAAUACAGCCUAAUGGGGGUCUUGCUGGCCUGCCAGAAGGCACUGCACAUUUGCCAGAUGCAAAUUAUGUUAUGGUGAGGGAAAAGGAGAGUUUCCUUGCCUCCAAAGCCACUGUACAGCAGACUCUGGCCAGACCCAAUGUAGCAAUAGGACCCAACAUGACAAUGAGAGAAAGAGUACUGACCCCAGCUUCCACUGUGCAGUCCAGCUACCAGAUCCCUGCUGAAACCUCAGUGAAGGUCACAAAGACAUCAGUGUCUAGGAUAGGCCCUGGUCCUCAGCCAAACUCUGAUUUAUAAAAACUUUCUUAUUCUACUAAUUCUACUUCUGAACUAUAUCUUCCUCCAGACUUUCUGAGCAUGGUUGUAUCCAACUUUCUCACUCCCACAUGUCAUCACCAAAAUAUGAGCCUAUUUAACUGGACCAGUCUUUUCAUCAGUUUUACAGACAUAAGAGACAUAUACAUUGAACUAAAGCUUUCUCUCUGUCGCUAAUACUCAAAGGACCUUACUGCCUCAGCUUCCACAAAUGCCCUGCAGAAUGCUCCCUGACUCACUGAGAGAAUAUUGAUGUGGCUGUGCAUGCUAUAAGUGACUUUUAGCACAUUAUGGUCAAGUAAUGUUCACAAUGUUCAAAAGAUUGUCAAGCUGGCUCUUAAUGAAUUUACCAAAUUAUAGAUGCAUGGAUUUCAUCAGUCACCUACAGAAUUGAGUGACCAUUUUUGUGUACCACAUUCACAUUUGACCUUAUAUUCCAUACUUUGCAGUGUACCAAUGACUUACUUAUACAAAAGUAUGUAAUCAGGGCUACCAACUUUGUUUUUUUGAAGAUGAAAGGCUUUUUAAUCUAUUUAGUUGAUUGCAUUUUUUAAUACAUGGAAAAAUGUAUGCUACAUGAUUCUCUAACUGUACAUAUGUAUGAGUGUGUGAUAUAAUUAUGAAAAUACUUAGAGAUAAAGCUACUCAAUAGUCCUGAAAAUAUAUGACUUCAAAUUCAGGGUAAUAAAGCAGGGUAAAAUUUACAAAUAUAAAAUCAUUUUACUUUGGUUUAUGCAGUGCUUAAAGUACUCCUGCACUAUCUCAGUGGUCAUUUGUGACAGUGCUAGGGUUCAAAUGUGGGGCUGGGUAUUUAAUAGGGUUGACUACUUGCAUGGAAAAUGUGAACACCUGCAUUUAUCUGAUUCUGAUUAUAAAUCACUAUUUUUUUCAAUACGCCAUUUUUUAAAAAAUCUCAGGAUAUAUUGUCUUCUAAUUCAAUGUAGCUAAAUAAACCACUCAAGAGUGAUUAGAGUGGUUAGAGAAUACCAACUGCAGUAAGAAUGAAGCCUGUUUUACUGUUACAUAUUCUCAUUAACUCAGAAAUAUGAAAUAAAUACUUGUGAAAUUAAACUGAUUUUAUAAGUCAUUCUCUUAUUUGCAAUUGCAGGAGCUCUGUAGAGCUUGAUAAUCUCUAGCUAUGAAUUUGAAAGUAUGGUG